AUGAUCAAAAGAGUUUUGGUGGACCCAGGCAGCAGCGCCAAUAUUAUUACAAAGGCAGUCUUUAAGCAACUGGAGAUCCCGUCAUCAUUAAUUCGACCCAUAUCUAGUUCUUUGAUGGGGUUCGAUGGAAUAAAGGUGGACCCCAUUGGGGUGAUUGAUCUAUCCGUCACUGCGGCAAAAAGGAUAUUGAAGGAAGAUUUUGUUCUAACAGAAAUCCAUCCUUCUUACAAUCUCAUUACGGGAAGAGGUUGGAUCCACCGAAUGAAUGGGGUCCCGUCUACCCUUCAUCAAAUGAUACGAUGCUUGUCUCUGGACGGUAAGGAGGUUAUAAAUCUUUGGGGAGAUCAGGUCGCUACCAAAGAAUGCUACAUGCUGACACUGAAUGAAGCAAAGAAGAUGAUCAAGCAGACCUAG